AUGGGGAAUGGAUACAAUCGUCACCAAACUCUUCAUCACAAGACCACAUUCUUGCCUACGUUGUGUUCAAGGCCUUCGAUCAAAGAUGUGGCAAUAAUACCCAGAUGGGAAGAACGAUCUUCUUCAUCAUCAAACGACCCUCUGUCACCAAAAAUUGGUUGUAUGGGUCAAAUCAAGCGAAAUGAGAAGUUCAAUUUGGGCUUUCACACUUCUCGCAAAUUUGUGGUUUCAGAUAAAACCAUCAACAAUCACAACAACAACAACAGCCCUGCCAAGUAUUUUAAGCUCAAGAAGAUCCUCUCAGGCAAGAAUUAUAGUGUCAACACUAGUACUACUACUGCAACAUCCACCAUCAAUAACGACAGAAUAUGUAGAAGAAGAGGAGGGAGUUUUGAUUGUGGAAGUCGACCCAGGAUUGUUGAUGGCAAGGAGAAUUCUGGGUUUGUCAAUAUAGUUGAGAUGGACCCUCCAUUGCCUGUGAUUAGGAAAAUGAAACCAACAGCAGGAGGAGGAGGUGAAGCUGCAGAGAGUCUUUGGAAGAGGAGAUCCGGUGGGGUUGCAUUGCAGAGUUUGAGGCUUCAAGAGAUUCAAAUCCGGACAUGGUAUUGA